AUGGCGGGCGUGUGGUCUCCCCUCCGGGGCGCCCCGUUCCGAGGCCUGGCCCAAGCGGCGGGAGGCAGGAGCGCGAGGGCGCGGCGGGAGGCCGAGGAGGCGGCGCCGGUGUUCGCCUACGCGGGGCGGCAGGCGCGGCGGAAGGGGCGCGUCUUCGUGUGGGGCUUCUGCCUGGCCGGCGCCCUGGGCCUGCCCAGCUUCGUGGUCCCCGCCACCGCCUUCCUCAAGCGGAGGAGGGUCCAGCCCGUGCCCUACCGCCUGGAGACCGAGGAGAAGAUCCACUCAGCUGCCUGUGGCUAUGGCUUCACGCUCCUCUCCUCCCGAACGAGCGACCUGACCAAGGUGUGGGGCAUGGGCCUGAACAAGGACUCGCAGAUUGGCUUCCACCAGAGCAGGAGAGAUCGUGCAAGAGGCUAUGAGUAUGUCCUGGAGCCCAGUCCGGUCCCUCUUCCCUUGGACAAGCCACAACAAACGCGGGUCUCCCAGGUGUCCUGUGGGAGAGCACAUUCCUUAGUGCUGACCGACACAGAAGGAGUGUUCAGCAUGGGCAACAAUUCCUUUGGGCAGUGUGGCCGGAAAGUGGUGGAAGGCGAAGUGUACAGCGAGAGCCAGGUCAUUAACAGGCUGCAGGGAUUUGAAGACCGGGUUGUCCAAGUCGCCUGUGGGCAGGACCACAGCCUCUUCAGGACAGAGCGGGGAGACGUCUAUUCCUGCGGAUGGGGAGCGGACGGCCAAACAGGCCUCGGCCAUUACGACGUGGUGGGCCGACCCACAAAGCUCCGGGGAGACCUUUCCGGGGUGCGCAUCGCUCAGGUCGCCGCGGGCGGGGAUUGCUCUCUCGCCGUGUCGGAGGAGGGCGACCUCUUCGGGUGGGGCAACUCCGAAUACCUGCAGCUGGCUUCCGUAACGGAGGCAACCCAGGUCAACGUGCCAAGGCACCUGCCCUUCAAAGUUGGGAGAGUGAAAGAAGCCGCUUGUGGAGGGACGGUCUGCGCUCUCCUGAACGAGGAAGGCCAUGUCUUCGUCUGGGGAUUCGGCAUCCUUGGGAAAGGGCCCAAACUAAUGGAGACGGUCGUUCCUGAAAUGAUCCCGCCGUCCCUUUUUGGCUUCUCGGACGUCAACCCCGAGGUGCGCGUGGCCCGGAUCCGUUGCGGACUCGGCCAGUUUGCAGCUAUCACCAAUCGGGGAGAGCUGUUUGUUUGGGGCAAGAACGUGAGGGGAUGCCUUGGGAUUGGCAGGAUGGAGGACCAGUACUUCCCAUGGAGGGUGACGGUGCCGGGCGAGGUGAUGGACGUGGCGUGUGGCGUGGACCACAUGGUGACUCUGGUGAAGUCUUUUAUUUAGGAUCGGGACUAAAGUGCUGCACAAAACCGAACCAUUUUCCUUGGAAAUUUGCAGCACGGCCUUUGGAACACUCUUUUUGGUGUGUUCCAAACAACAUGGAAUAAUAUUGGGUUGCUGCGAGUUUUCUGAGCUGUGUGUCCAUGUUCGAGAAGCAUUCCCUCCUGACGUUUUGCCCACAUCUAUGGCCGGCAUCCUCAGAUCUCAACAACAACAACAAGCUGGAAUAUUGCUUAUAUUACAUAUCCUGAGAUAAGGACAUAAUUAUUUGGACAUUAGCAAUUUUUCUAUUAAAAAAAAGUCAAAAGUA